UGCAUCUCAGUCCAUGUGGGGCAGGCAGGUGUCCAGAUGGGCAAUGCCUGCUGGGAACUCUACUGUCUCGAACAUGGGAUUCAGCCUGAUGGGCAGAUGCCCAGUGACAAAACCAUCGGUGGAGGGGACGACUCCUUCACCACCUUCUUCUGUGAAACUGGUGCUGGAAAACACGUACCCCGGGCCGUUUUUGUGGACUUGGAACCCACUGUAAUUGAUGGCAAGAAGUCCAAACUGGAGUUCUCCAUCUACCCAGCCCCUCAGGUGUCCACAGCCGUAGUGGAGCCCUACAACUCCAUCCUGACCACCCACACCACCCUGGAGCACUCAGACUGUGCCUUCAUGGUGGACAACGAGGCCAUCUAUGACAUCUGCCGCCGCAACCUGGACAUCGAGCGUCCAACUUAUACAAACCUCAACCGGCUCAUCGGCCAAAUCGUCUCCUCCAUCACCGCUUCCCUGCGCUUUGAUGGAGCCCUGAACGUGGAUCUGACAGAGUUCCAGACCAACCUGGUGCCCUACCCUCGCAUCCACUUCCCCCUGGCCACCUACGCACCAGUCAUCUCUGCAGAGAAGGCGUACCACGAGCAGCUGUCGGUGGCAGAGAUCACUAAUGCCUGCUUUGAGCCAGCCAACCAGAUGGUGAAGUGUGACCCCCGUCACGGCAAGUACAUGGCCUGCUGCCUGCUGUACCGUGGAGAUGUGGUGCCCAAGGAUGUCAACGCCGCCAUUGCUGCCAUCAAGACCAAGCGUAGUAUUCAGUUUGUGGACUGGUGCCCGACAGGCUUCAAGGUUGGUAUCAACUACCAGCCCCCCACUGUGGUGCCCGGGGGUGACCUGGCCAAGGUGCAGAGAGCUGUGUGCAUGCUGAGCAACACGACCGCCAUCGCCGAGGCCUGGGCCCGCCUGGACCACAAGUUCGACUUGAUGUAUGCCAAGAGGGCGUUCGUGCACUGGUACGUGGGUGAGGGCAUGGAAGAGGGUGAGUUUUCUGAGGCCCGAGAGGAUAUGGCUGCCCUGGAGAAGGAUUACGAGGAAGUGGGUAUCGACUCCUAUGAGGAUGAGGAUGAGGGGGAAGAAUAG